GUUCAUUAAACAGAUUAGAGUUGUUGUUAAAUUAAAGAAGGAAGGAACGCGGAAAUGGAAAUGGAGAGGAGAAGGCGAGGUUGAUGAUUGUGAUGGCGGAAGCAGAGACAAACAGGAAUGGCAGUGGCAUCCUCCUUCAUCAUCAUCAUCAUCGUCAUCAUCGCUCUCAUCUUCUUCUCCCUAAACCCUCCUCCUUCACCAUCACGUAGGUCACUUCUCCUCACCACUUCAUCGUCUUGCUCCAACGAAUCCAAUGGCCUUCUCAACUACCACUGCAUCUUCCCCCAAACUUCCUCUUUCUCAAUCCCCUCCCUCUCGCUCUUCCUCCUCCUCCACUUCUACAUCCUCAUCACCACCGCGCAGCACCACUUCUCCCUCGUCACCACAAAGCUCGCCUCGCACCUCAACCUCUCCCCCAGCAUGGCCGCCGUCACGCUCCUCUCCCUCGGCAACGGCGCCCCCGACGUCUUUUCUUCCCUCGCCGCCCUCCGCGCCGGUCAGUACCGCACCGGCUUCGGCGCCAUUCUCUCCGCCGGCGCCUUCGUCUCCGCCCUCGUCGUCGGCUUCGUCGCCAUCUACGCUGCUCCGUUUUCCGUCGAUCCCGCGCCCUUCGUUAGAGACGUGCUCUUCUACUUGACCGCCGCAAUGUUCCUCUUCUAUGUGUACCUCAGCGCCGAGAUUUUCCUCUGGCAGGCCGUCGGAUUCGUUGGAUUUUACUUGUUCUUCGUCGGAUUUGUGUUUUACAUGGAUUUGGGGAUGGCGGAUCGCAGAGAGAAGAGUUCCGAGGAUCUCGAGGGACAGAAGGAACCUGAUUCCGACGAUGUCAAGGUUUCCGAAUCUUCCGUGGGAGAGAAACGCGCUUCUUCUGGAUUGCGUGGAGCUAUUCGAUUGAUUUCUAAAACAUGGGAGCUUCCUGUCAAAACUCUCCUGAGAUUGACAAUCCCUCAACCAGCACCUUCACAAUGGAGUAGAUUUUAUGCAUCGGCCAAUAUUGCACUCUGUCCGCUAGCCCUCUUGUAUGCCUGCAACUCAUUCAUGCCAUUUAAUCAUCCCAUAGUUUUCCUCCUCCCCAACUCUCACGUCCCCCUCUGGUCAGUAGUGCUCAUGACAAGUUUCUCUCUUGCACUUUUUCACUAUGUAAUGGAAAAAGAACCCCCCAAGACAGAGCAUAUGCCUGUGGUCAUCGUGGCAUUUGUGAUGAGUGUGUUUUGGAUAUCUACUACAGCCGGAGAGCUGGUGAACUGCCUAGAAGCUAUAGGUGUGCUUCUUGAACUGCCGCCAGCACUCCUGGGUCUCACAGUGCUGGCGUGGGGAAAUUCAGUGGGAGAUCUUGUUGCAGAUGUUGCAGUUGCUAAAGCCGGUCAUCCAGCUAUGGCAAUGGCGGGAUGCUUUGCAGGACCAAUGUUUAACAUGCUUGUUGGCCUUGGAACUGCUUUGGUCAUACAGACGGCCAAUAUAUAUCCUAGAGCAUAUCAGCUUAAUUUCCACGUUGGUAUCGUGAUUGCAUUUGUAUUCCUUCUUUUAAGCCUUAUGGGGUCUCUCUUGGUGAUCACUUGGUGCAGAUUCAGAGUGCCUAGGUUUUGGGGCUUCUGUCUGGUAGGCAUCUAUGUUGCUUUUACGGCAGUGAGUUUAGUAAUAGCCAUGUUUUCAGGGUGAUUGCUUUUAGGUAGAUUUUUAUAUUUAUAUUCCUAAUCAAACCCAACCAUUAAAAAUCCACAUAAAUGGCAUUAUUGAAGGAAGAAUUCAACACCUAUAGUAAAUUGACGACAUAGCGUAUGGUCAUGAAGAGUUUUUCUUUUCGGUUUCUCCAUUGGGUUUGGGUAGAUAGAAAUUUUUAGUUUGGUCCUGAUCACAGGAAUUUAUUAUACUGUAUUGUUUUACAGUCCAAAGCAGUCCGGAAUCGUCCCAAUGCAAUGCUUACAGAUUUAUUACCGCUUCUGCUGACUGAUUUUUUGUUCACAAUUCUUUUACUACUCUUACUUAGUUGUUUUUUUUUUUGGUUUGGUACCUAAGGUGAGAUUGACUGUUAGUUGUAUUGAAUGGACUUUUAAUCAGUAAUAAAAAAUGUUUUGGCA